AUGGUGACGAUGGAGAUGAUGCGCUUGUCACGUGCUACAGAAACGGCGAUCCGUCUCCUGCCCGGCAACGACCGCUGUGUCGACUGUCAAGCGGUUUUCCCGCAGUGGGCCGGCGUCUCCUUUGGCGUCUUGCUCUGUUUAGGCUGUGCCGGGAAACACCGGUCGCUCGGCGUCCAAACAAGUGUCGUCAAGUCUCUGGUCAUGGACGCGUGGUCCCUGCAGGAGACGCGGGCAAUGGCACUCGGGGGCAAUGCAAAGUGGACUGCCGUUUGUGCGGGCGCUCGAGUCUCGGACCUGGUCAUGGCGGACAAGUACGUGUCCCCUGUGGCAACAAUCUAUCGGAAGCAAGUGGCGCUACUGGCUGCAGCCAACGAGCUGUCCGAAGAGGCGUGCGUGGGGUUUACGGCCACGUCGUUUCUAGCUCUGUGUGCUGCAACGACCUCCUUGUCUUGCCGUGACGAGGAGAUCGUAGAGGACGUGGGUUUGCCAUCACUGGCUAUGACUCCGAAGGCACUAGCGAACGCAAGGGAUGACGGCGCUCACAAUGCAGCCAUCAAGUGCACGACGUGCUGCUCUAUGGUGUCGUGGAACCACUUGAAUGUGCACUCAAAGGCAUGUACUGUUGCCAGCACGUCGCCAGCUAUGGAGUGGAGAUCGUAUGCGCGGAGAAUCGUAGCGGCAGGUGAGCCACUCGGAUUCACUGUGGCCAAGACCGGCAGCGGGUAUGCCGAAGUGUCGCGAGUUACGCUCGGCAGUGCUGCAGCACGAGCCAAUGUGGUUGUCGGUAGUUUGCUCAUCGGUCUCAACAACGACACGAGCUUGAAGUUCGACGUGGUCGUGGACUUGCUCCGACUGCUGCCACGGCCGACGUUGUUCCACUUUGCGUUGCGAUCUCCAAGAGCGUCGAGGAGACUAGAGAACGUGACCUCGUCGUCUGCUGCUUUGGAGCCCAAGACCGUCGAAAUCAACGUGACGUUGCAUGACAAGGAAGAGCUUGGCUGCUCCUUGUCUUCCACCGACUUUUACUGCGUCGUGCGGAGCGUCGAUGACGAGUGCAUUGCACGACGCCAUGGCAUUCUAGUGGGAUCACGGGUUGUUGCCGUCAACGGGCAGAAGCACUUGAGACCGGAGGAUUUGAUCCAAUGUAUCUGCACUGCCCCUCGUCCGAUUCACAUUACAGUGCAUCGAGUUGAAGGGCUAAUGAGAGGAUGGCGUGGCUAG